CACUCUCAGACGGCCGUACUGACGCCUAUAACUCUACUUUCAUUGAGAUGGUGCCGAUUUUGUCUGCCUUUAAGAUCACCACCGUUGCAACAUAUACCACAACCAUUACGGCAGGCUCGACCAGUGAGACAAGCACGGCGGCGACUCUGUCAGGGUCGAGAAAUAGCUUGAUUGCUGGUGCAGCAACAGGGUCGAUCGUAGGAUUGACGAUGAUACUCGGGGCCCUUACCUAUUGGAUUCGUCGCCGAAAAAAUCGUUUGGCUGCGGAGUCAAUAGUACGCUCCGAGUCUGCAGACCCAAUCUACGAUAAAGCGCAACUGCACAGUGACCAAUUGACACCGCCAGGGGAAUUUGAUGCCUCGCCGAUACCCCCGCGAGAAAUGGAAGCCUCUACAAUUCGCCCGCAAGAAAUGGAUGCGUCAACAUCGGCGCAAGAGAUAGUUAAGCAGCGAACCUGAUUAGGGAAAGUCAUGUAAAUCAUCUCUUUGCCACAAGCGCUCUAAGCAGAUGCUCUUUCCAAUAG